AUGAUUCAGUGGCCGUGGUGGUUAUUCCUUGGUGCUUGCGGGUUGGCCCCUAACCUAGGGUUAAGAUUGUCAGAGGAUGUAACUCAGAUAGAGUUGAAGGAAAUAUGUAGCCGGUUACAUGAGAGGUUUGAUGCGAUGUAUUUCGCUAAUCUGAAAUCUUUCAAGUUAGCGUCUCAAGGUCAGAAGGUACAUAACCAGGAGGAUGCGGCGGCCAUGUGGCAACAGUUUGGCUUAGAGCGUGAGAUAGUGUUUGAUUUGCGGAAUGACACGCGCUAUAUCAGUACGGCUGACUGGCAUGGAGAUUUCCUGGUGGCGUGCGAAACGCUCUUGCAUUCUGGUGUUAUGUCCGCCGAAGGCGACUGGCAGGAUCCGAAAGCUUGGUUCAUUCAUACAGGAGACAUUGUGGACCGUGGUUUGUCGUCUCCUGCAAUUUACGAGAUGAUUCUUCAUCUUAAAGAUCAAGCCAAAAAAAAGUGUCCUGGAAAAGAGUGUGGUAUUGUUACUAUUAUGGGUAACCAUGAAGCCAUGAACCUCAUGGGUAUGUAUCAUUAUUUGAAUCCCAGAGAAGCUCUCAAGUAUUACAAUAUAGAUUUCAACUCGUAUAAUGACCAAGGCCGAAAGCAGAGAAAUCAAAACGGCCCGAAAACAGUGCUGUCGAAUAUAGACAUCUGGGAUCCGCUCUAUGGCUACUUGGGUAAAAGAAUCGUGAAGGAAUUUGACAUUUUCGUCAAGUUCGGAGAUACCAUUUACGUACAUGGAGGCUUGACUAGAAAGAUGAUUGAGUUCGGAAAACAAACCGGGAACCCGCUCUUAGAAGUUCGUACCAGCGAUGACCAAGGUUCAAAUGACCAAAGUUUUGGCGACAAUGCUGCUAGGGAGCGCGCUAUAAACGGCCCUGUAAGCGACGUUCGGUCCAGAAUAAUCUUCCAGAACCUGUCUUGGUUAAUCAAGAAAAGCAUAAUACGAUACGUGAAUCGAGAAUCGUUGAGUUUGACUGAGCACGAUUUGAUAUCUGGAGAUAACUGUCCUUUUUGGACGAGGAUCGUAAGCACAGGAAAUGGGUCAAAGAUCUGCAAGAUGUUAAAAGUGACGCUGGAUGACCUAGGUGCAAAGACGUGUGUAGUAGGCCACACAAUCACUGCGAGCCAAGACGUCGAGAAAAAAUGCGGUGGUCGAUUCUGGCUCAUGGAUACAGCGAGCAGUGAACUGAUGUCGCCGCAGGUGCGAGUGAACCUUUAUAAUGUGGCGUACAUCAAAGUUUCUGAAGAGAACCAAACUCCUGAUUCAGACUUGCCGAAUCGGGUUGUUGAGUGGACUUUAUACAAAAGACGGUUCAAUGCACCCCACGAGAAUUAUUUUAAUUUCUCAACAAGCAUCAUUAGGACCGCACAGCUACCACCGGCCGCUCCUUCACCCCUCCUACUAGAGGUUGCUGGCAAGUCCUGUGCCAAUGGAGCCUCACCCCUAUUUUUCCCUUAG